CAUACAUAUGGUAAUUUGGUAAAUAAUACAAAAAGAAUCUACACAACCAAGUGAAAAAUCAAAAAUGUGUCUGGUCGUGGACUCCGAUGGGCUUUUUGAGGCAAAUUGAAAACUGGGCCAGAAAUAUGAAAGGCCCACGUAAGUCCCGAAUAUAACCUAAAAAGCACACUCUCUAAUAACAGCCAGAAUUAGGGUUUCUCUUUGUCUUCAGCAGUCAGUGCGCAUCCGUAGGAGAAAAGUGUGAGAAUCUGCCACCAUGGGUCGUAUGCACAGUCGAGGAAAGGGUAUUUCAGCCUCUGCGUUGCCUUACAAGAGAUCGUCUCCGAGCUGGCUCAAGACCACCUCUCAGGAUGUUGAUGAAUCAAUCUGCAAAUUUGCCAAAAAGGGAUUGACCCCUUCCCAGAUUGGUGUGAUUCUCCGUGACUCUCACGGUAUCCCUCAGGUCAAGAGUGUUACUGGAAGCAAGAUCUUGAGGAUACUCAAAGCUCAUGGCCUUGCUCCUGAGAUCCCUGAGGAUCUGUACCAUCUAAUUAAGAAGGCUGUUGCCAUCCGUAAACAUCUCGAGAGGAACAGGAAGGACAAGGAUUCCAAGUUCAGGCUCAUCUUGGUUGAGAGCAGGAUUCACCGCCUCGCUCGCUAUUACAAGAAGACCAAGAAGCUCCCUCCCGUCUGGAAGUACGAAUCCACUACCGCGAGCACCCUUGUGGCUUAAGCUGGAGUCUGGAGGAGGAUUCUACUAGUCUGUUGCUUCCCUUUUGUUUUGAUGAAUUCUCAACUUUAGUCUUAAUGUGUCAGCAGGAUUUUUGUGUUUGCCUCUCUUUUUUUUCCGGAAUCUUAUGCUCCCUUGUUUAAGAGAAUCGUAUGAUCUUGAAUUUACUAUUGAAUAUGCUUUUGCAUCCUUAUACUCUUUUCCUUAAGAUAACCACAUGAUCAUGAAAUCACUAUUGGAACCAUCAUCCCCUUUUAAGCAUUC